CUGAGACGCACGCCAGCCACUCAGGAGGUGCACCACGCUCUCACACCAACACCUGACGUGUAUGUGGUGAGUAGGGCAGCUCGCCGGGAUGAGUGCCACUUCCGGGGAUGGCCAUAAUGCUGCCACGAGGGAGUGUCACCGCUUGAUGCACACAAUUGUGUAAAGGUCUCUGCCAACAAAGAAAGGGGAAUUUGACGUGCUUUCUUCUUCAUUUAGUGAAGCAAACCACAAAAUUUGCACCAAAAGAGAUUCACUACAAAGUACCAUGGCAAAGGAAGGAAUGGAAAAUUUGCAAGCCAAUAAAGGUGCAAGUGGUAAGAUAAAAGAUGAAGUAAAAGAAGAAAGUAACUUAAAAAAUAGGGAAUGGGAAGACACAAAUGACGAUCAUGACUCCGAACACGAAUCAAGAAAGAGAAAAAGAUCAUGUGACCUCGAUACUGAAGAGAUGAAUAUUAGUGAGGAAUUGCGUGCAGAGCAUGAUGGUCGGGAAUCCAGCAUUGAUCUUAGGACCCUUUUUGUUCGCUUUCCAAAAUCACUAAGAGUAACUAGUGGUGAACAAGUAUUGAAUUUGGUGAAGGAAGCAGUUGAUGUACGCUUACCUCGAAGUUGUAAUCCAAAUUAUUACUCUCAUUGCUUAUUGGAAUUUGAAUCUGAAGACAUGACAGAGCGUAUGAAAGAAAAAAUUUCCAAAAUGAAGGUACAAGAACAUUCAUAUUAUGUUGACUAUGUUGGAAAGAAGUCUGACUUCUGCAGCUCAAGGGUUCCUAAACCAAUGAAUCCUUGCAAAUUGUAUGUUGGAGGUGUGCACAUGGAAACCACACGUCUUGAUCUUAAGAAUGUAUUUCCAACGGCAAUGGCAAUUGAAUAUGGAAAAAAACAAAAAAACGGAACAACGAGAUUUGCUUUCAUAACGUACAAAAAGGAGGAAGACGCCUUAAAAGUGUUCGAGUCGUCCAAAAAUCUAAAAAUCAAUGGGAAGGAAGUAACAGUUAUGUUUGCCAAAGGAAAGAAAACUACUGGAAAAAUGAGGGGGUUAAUCAAGGAAAACAAUUAAAGACAACCCAGAUGUAGUUGAAGAUGGUAAGGGUAAGGCAAGCAAGAAUAGGAAGAAGGUGAAGUUGAUGAGACUAGUGAAACUGAUAAAUGCAGACAGUGAAGGUGAUGGCAGCAAGGAAUAUGAGAAAGAUAAUCCCAAUGAGUAUGAGUGAUGUAAAGAUUAUAAGGAGAUCUUGUCCAAGAAUUUUGUAUUUUCGGAUAAAUUACUUGACCAUUACUAUGUACAAGAUACUGUAUAGAUUUGAAUGUGUGUGUGUAAUUGAAGAUAAAUUGUAUAGUACAAGUAAAAUGAAUAAUAAAUUUGAUAUUUUCAGUCAAGCCUUCAUUCACUUCAGUUUUGCUGUGGAAUGGAUGAUAAGAUGUCUUACUCGUCUUCAAAAUUCUUGGUUUGAAGAAAUGCAUGUGGUCAUGUUCCUUGUUUGCUUAUCACCAAGUGUCUACUGUAUGAGCUGAAGACUUACAUGUCUACUUAAAUGUGAAAGAACUGAAUGACAAACAUAGCAGCAUUGAAAAUGUCUUUACAAAAAUGAAUGAGAAAAAUGAAAUUGUAAAAUUUAUUUUACAAAGAAGUGUAAAUACUGUAUGGGCCAUUGUCAGAUGAUGGAGGCUGUUAAACAACAUAUUUUGGCAAAAUUAAGCCUACAUUAAAAUAAUGACAAUUUGUGAUAAUAUAAUACAAUACUGUAGCAAAUAAGAGGCUCAUUCAAAAUGAACAAAAGGGUUAUAAAAAUAAGGAUUAUGAGGAUUGUCAAGUUGUUAUACAUGCCAGAUUUUAAAAAGUUGCUACAUUUAAAAUUUUAUGGCUAUACUAUAUGUUGACUUUUAUUCGUUAGAAAAUAUUAUUUGACAGUACAGGGGAUUCUCGUCUUAUGAACGGUCUCAAAAUCUCCAUUUUAACAUUACCAUGCAGUUGCCUUGCACUGGUUCUGAAGAUCAAUGUAUCCCAUGGCCUGGUCCUUGACCAGGCCUUCUGGUUGGUGGUGUGGUCAUCUAGGCUAUUAGAUGCAGCUGCUUGCAGCCUAACUUGUAAAUCACAGCCUGGUUAAUCAGGUAUCCUUUGGUAGUACAGUAUUUGUCAGGUUCUCUUUUGAACAGCGUGAGGUCAGCCAGUUAUUCCCCUUGCAUUUAAAGGGAAAGUGUUGAAAAGUCUAGGACCCUUGAUGUAAAUAGAAUUCUCUGUCAGUGUAUGUGCUACUAAACAAACCAUUUAUGAAGUCAACACAUGAGGGACAGUGCUUAUAAUGCACUAAGUUCAUUAAUGGAUGAUGGGAUGAAGAAAAGAGUGUUUUUCACAAGUGCCUAUCCAUCAUCACAUUUUACCCUCCUCUUAGUAAUUACACCACAUUUUUCUUCAAAAAUAAUCAAAUCAGAAAAGGAUAGUUCCAUGACAAAAGGUAAACAAAAAGCAGUGUCUCUUAUAUUUGUCCCAGAAUUUUGGCCUUGUGUUGAUUUUGAUGGUCCAGGAACACUUCCCCUUCACUUAAAACAUUGCACCUAUCCUAUGAGAAAUUUGAUUUUCAGUUUUCACAACACAUCCCAUUUGUAAGUUGGGGGCUUCCUGUAUACCAAAAUGGUAAUGAAAGAGUGAAAUGACUACAUUGGGUAGUUUGGUUAUCGACAUUUGUCUUGCAAUAUCUAACAUAUUACUUUAUUUAAAUCUUAAUACUACUGUACUGUGUUGAUGAAAUAAUGGAUUAAAAUUGUCUAGUUCAGAAAACAAAAUUUGAAAUUUUUGCAUUGAAUGUGAAGACUUCAUUUUGAUGAAUCUGUGAUAAUACAUUACACAUUUUUUUUUUUACAUGCUUAGACAUUGUUACACUGUAUCAGAUAAUGUAAAGGACAUACUGUACAGUAGUACAACAUUAGUGUUAAUAUUAUUGUGUUGGAAAAGUAGUGGUGGUGAUAUUCACCUGAAGGAAAAAGACUUUAAUUCACUGUUAUGUGACUUGAUCUACUUUAAAUGUCUACAUAAAUGAAGUCUUGCCCAAGGAACCUCAGAGGAACUUUCUUUGUGUGGUGCUCGUGGGUUUUGUUACAGCAAUUUAGGCUGCAUUGUGGGUCUUUGUUGUACUGUACUAAAGAAAGUUUAAGGUUCCAAAAAUGUAUAAGAUAAUGCGUGAUGUGCUUGUAUGUUAUCUGAAUCUGGAGUACUGUAAUCCUAAUGGUGAAAUUUUAUUGAAUUCCUGGUUCACUUUUUUUUUUUUUAGUCCUCAUGUUCAAUUCCCAUAACAUAUGAAUAAAUGAGUGUAUAGUUUAGAUGAACUAUUAUGUGGAAUAUAUAAUGGUGGAUUUUAGAUCCUAAUCCAUUUUUUUUUAAUAUUUUUUGGAUGCAGAAGUUUAAGUUAAAGUUCAGCUUUCUUCUGUGAGCGCCGUGCAACUGACUUAUGUCAUGAAUAUGAAUUCAUUAUCAGGAUAAUAUUAAUUUGAACAUGUGUAGUUAACUGUAGUAAGUCAUGCUAUUAAUAACAUCUGAUAUUAUUGGUUCUCAUCCAUAUGUGGACUGUUUGUUAAACUUUAACAUCCUGACAUUAUUUUGUGCAUAUUAAUAGUAAGUACUGUACUGUAUUAACCUAACCACAUAAGAUAGGCAUAUAUCCAUGUAACAAAUUGUUUUCAUACAGCUCUUAUAUUAAAAAGCCAAUAUACUUAGCAUCUGUAUGUUCAAUUGUCAACAUACCAAAUACAUUUGACAGUCUA